AUGGGAAUUCUGCCAAGGCUGGAAGCGCUCAGAAAGACCUGUGCUGAUGCAGAGUUGAUUGGCGCCUCCAUAUCGGCAUCAAUUUUGUCGGGUGCUUCAUCUACAAGUGUGCUCGGUGGGGAGAUUGUCAACUCGCAGAGGGACCAUAACAGGGCUACAUUCAUCUCCUUAGAUAUUGGGGGGUCUGACUCCGACACAUCGCGUGCUACCUUGGACGUCAGCAAGCCCAGGAUUUCGGGGUCGGUGGGGGAUUUGCCUCAUGCUAGCACUUCAUCGUCGGUUGGGGAUCUCCGCUAUUCUAGCACUUCAUCUGCAUCAGACCAAGAAAAAACCUCGGUGGAAGAAUUCAGUGCGUCCACAGAUUCCGGCCUUGGUGGUAGCGAGGUAGCUUCCGAAGUCGAGGUCGGCUUUUUCUCUUGCCAGCGCGGCCAACGUGCUGACCUUGAGAAGUCUCCAGAGUCUCCACCCAAUGAAGAGGAGAAUCUCGUCGAAGAAGAGCCCAGUAACGUCAUCUACGAGCGUCACAUGUAUCUCAAAAAACACGGUUUUCCUCUCUGGAUUCCUCAACCCAACAUGAGACUUUCUCGCUCAUACAGACGACAAGGUGUCAGCAUCGGUGAUGUUGGGAUAUUCACGUCGGAUGGUGGCUUUGACUUCCUUUUCAACGUCUGUCUCCCCGCAGGACAUCCUAAUAACCCUAAUGAGCUUCCCGAAGGCUUUUCUUGCCUUGUGCUUAGACCUGCCGACGUUUCCGAGUUCCGUGCACAUUCUGCACACAGCCAUAUGACUAGCACGUCUGUACAAAGACAGGAAGCAACAUUCGAGUGCUCUGGUUCUGAUGGCGCUGUUCUAACCAUACCUCAAGGAGCUUAUCACGAAGAUCUGAAAAAUAUCAGCAGAUUCAGAGAUGACGCGGUGACUCAUGCUGAAAGCUGGUAUCAGUAUGCCAAUGGACCUUGCGGUCGGGAAAUUGGUAAUGGCGAACUUCACAUGGUAACAGGUUGCGACAAGACGACUGCUUGGGGAAUCGCAACCUAUUCGCAUCUCCAGUCGAAACGUCCUGAAGGCAGCGUAACCUUGUUGAACUUUGAAGCUGUUGGUAAUGAAAGCCAUGGUCGACAGCCUUCGUACCCGACAUAUGCUUGGGAUUACAAGGGCGCAGUGGAGGCGAAGGUUGGACCCGAAGAAGAUGAGCUUGUGGACCUGGGGGUUCGAGGCUCAACCUUUCCAAGAAAUCAGUGUACCUUCAUUCGAUCUCUUACCCCUGCAUUUGGUCAAGAUGAUUGGGAACGCCUGCAAUUGAAGGUAGCGGCUUCAAAAGCGGAAGAACGAGCAUCGGCGCAGUCCCCCAAGAACCCUUUCGCGUCAGUUUUAGGUGCCAUAAGUUCACUUCCUGGCCGCUUAAGUUCUCUACGUGGCCAUGGUCACGAAGGUACCUCCAAGCCGACCGAUUCAAUGACUCCUGCACAGUGCCCCGAAGCGAAGGUUGUAGUUGUCCAUGACAGCGACUGGUGCUCCGUGAUCCGAGACUCAGAUAGCAAGGGUCAACUAAGUGACGAGGAUAAUCCUGUGCGGAGUGCUGCCUUUCUCGAUUUCGCUCUUCAACAAUUUCAGAAAGCGGGUAGCUGUGCCCCUCUCGCGCAGCCUUCGCCCUUCAAUACGUCGAUUGUUGCCUGCGGGUCGUCCGGUGACGACCCGAGUUCUGAUUCUAGCAAGCGCAACAACUGCGUCAGGGGAACACGCAAGGGCAUAAGACCCGAAGCUCUUUUACCCCUCGAUGCGCCCACACAGCCGCGGAAGUACGCCGGCCCAUCCGCGGCUUCACCUAAAAACCUCUCCAGUGUAUCCACCGUUCUUGCCGGCAAGCGCCCUAGGGCCGAGGCACUAGAGGAAGAAGAGGACGAAGAUGAGCCUCUCGCGCCCAACACCACGGAGAGUGAGCAGAUUGAGUGGAAGCGAAGGGGGUUUGUCCUCGCAGCAAGGAGAAGUUGGAAGAGGAAGUUGGAGUAUUAG